AUUUGCAGAAACGGGAAAAGACGAGCUCAAUUUGCAGUCGUUUGUUGCGUGUGUGCGCGCAUGUGUAUGUGUUGGAAUCUUGACCUGUGGCCCCUUUGUUUUCCUCCAUUCUUUUUCCGCCAUUAAAACUAUUUGACAUCUUAACACCCCUUUUUAGCCUUUUCUAGGGUUCCUUCACUUUUCCUCGCACCCCAUUUUUCUCUCCUUUUUCACGCCUCAGACUCUGCUUCACUAGUUUGACAUAUUGGUUACUAUUGAGGUUUCAAUUAUGGCUGACGGGGAGCUGGACAUUUCUACCCAAGAAAUGUUGUCAAGUUCGAAUUUUGGUGAAUUUAGUAGUUCAAUGGACAGUUUUUUCAAUGAGAUUCUCAAGGAUGCGCAUGCCUGUACUCAUGCCCACACUUGUAACCCGCCUGGUCCUGAUAACUCUCAUACUCACACUUGUUACCAUGUUCACACCAAAAUAGUUCCUACAACAGAUGACGAUAAGAACCCCAGUGAUGAUACUGCAGAGUCUGCAGAGAAUAAAGGAAAGAAACGCCCGGUGGGUAAUAAGGAAGCUGUUCGCAAGUAUCGUGAGAAAAAGAAGGCUCGGGCUGCUUCAUUAGAGGAUGAAGUUGUCAGAUUGAGGGCUAUAAACCAGCAACUCUUGAAGAGGCUGCAGGGUCAGGCUGUAUUGGAAGCGGAGGUUGCUAGGCUCAAGUGUUUGCUUGUGGAUAUACGUGGAAGGAUUGAAGGGGAAAUUGGAUCAUUUCCAUAUCAGAAGCCCAUGAAGAGUGGCAAUACAUAUCAGCACAUAGUUAAUCCUAACUUUCCUGGUGCAUAUGUGGUGAACUCUUGCAACCUACAAUGUGAUGAUCAGGUUUAUUGCCUCCACCCAGGCGCAGAAGGUAAAAACUCAGACGGCACUGUAUUAAAUGGACAAGGCUUCAACAACUGUGAAUUUGAGACUCUCCAAUGCUUGGGUAAUCAAACCUCUGGACUGGAGGAGGUUCCUGGAUGUGUUGUGGGUAAUAGCACACCUACUGACAACACUUCUGGUCGAAGCAAGAGAAAAGGAGGCGCGCGUACAACAAGUUGAUGAACAUCUUAGGAGAGCAUCAUUAUUCUUGAGAAUAAGUAUGUUUUGUUAUGUGCUCUCUACCGUGAAGAUUUCUCUACUUUGCUGAGUUCGACUUGAGAAUCUUCUUCUGGCUGUUGAGUUGGUGGUCUUGUAGGUGUUUGAGUGUCUGUUGUUUAUCAACAGUCAUGUAAAGCAGAAACAACCGAAUGGAUAUAGCUAGCAGAACUCAUGAAGAGGAUACCAAGGGGAUGCCAAGGGUUGUGGUUUUCUUUGAAGAUCUGGAAGCUUUAUUCCUCACUGUUGUAUUUAUUCAUUCUUUGAUCUUUGAUGAAUGUCGCCUCUUGCCGAUGGAUGUCUAAAUUGAUGGUUAUCGUUCUUAGUUUAUGUGAAUUUGAAAUAGAUGAUGGUCUUUUUAUGCUCGUGAUUCUCUGCUAUAAAGAGUGGAAAAUUGAAACACUAGACAAAUUAUUGAAGUACAUUUGCUUGGUUUCUCA